AUGCCAGCCCCAGAACCACCAAAGUCUGUUGUCGAGUUCUUGCACGAAGUUUUUUUUGGCCCCCAGUUGGAAGGCCAGGACAUUACAAGCAGUUUUUUGUUUGGUCUUCUUGUUCUGUUGCAACAUGACAAUGACUAUUGCAGAAAUCGCCCGGGCUUGGGCUUUCAGCUUGGCCCGCGCCCCCCAGCCCGACCAGUACCAGAGUGCUCCAACAUCGUUGUCGUGGCCGACAUACCCCCAGUGCCACCCAUCCGCCCUCCGGACGCCGUCCGGAACGAACCUCAGGCGUCUGCAUCUACCUCUACCCGCCUCCGACAUCGCCUCCGGCGCAUUAACGAGCUGCCAGCCAUAACUCUCGGCCACUCUGUAACCUGCGGCUGCGAAGAUUGCCGCAAUCGCCGGUUUAACCGGAUGACUCCGAUGGAGGAAGGCUGGCCUGAAUUGUAA